GACGGAACAGACCGGGGAUGAUGGGAGUCACGAGAGAAUCUUGUGCAGCCCGUUAUCACUAGGGAUUGUCUACAUGUUUAUCUGUUCUUGCUGACGUCUUACGUGUGCAGAGCCUCGAGUAGCAAUGCGCAGCCCAGCAUGGCCAAUAUGACAUACGCGACAUCGUCUCCGGCUGCCACGACGGGUGGACAAGGCAAUAACCCUCCCGUCUGCCAGAAUUGCGGCACCUCCACCACGCCUCUCUGGCGCAGGGACGAACUCGGCUCCGUCCUCUGCAACGCCUGUGGCUUGUUCCUGAAACUACAUGGGAGGCCCCGUCCGAUAAGCCUCAAGACCGAUGUUAUCAAGAGUCGCAACCGCGUCAAGACCGCUGGUCAGGGCCCCAAGCGGAAGUCCGGCGGUGCGAUCGAUACAAAUGGCAUGUCCGCCUCGAGGUCAGAAGCCGGGACUCCGCCGCUGGGGUCGCAUGGAUACCGUCGCGCGUCGCGGAAGACGUCACCGGGCCAUUCCGACCGAUCCAACUCGCCGGUUUCCCGGACGGAAACGCCUGGCCUCCCCCCGAUGCAACAACCACACCUCCCCCCGCAACACAAUUCGAAUAUCGCGCCCCAGCACAUGUUCGACAGCGUCACGAUCGGGGACCACGGGCUGAAUGCGCCGAGCUCGCUCCCCUCGGUGCAGCCUCGGCAGCCGUCGCCCACGUCGACGUCGGCGGCGGUGGACCGCCAUCUCGAGUCCCCACAGACAUACGAGGGCCUGCUGGCGGCCAACACAUCGCUGAAGACGCGGGUGAGCGAGCUAGAGUUCAUCAACGAGCUCUUCCGGGGGCGGGUCACGGAGCUCGAGCAGAGCGGCGCGACCGCGCGGCGGUCCGAGAUGAUCGUGCGUGACUCGGAGGUCCGUCUGCGGCGGUCCCUGGAAGAUGCCCAACGGCGUGAGGACGAUCUCAAGCGGCGCGUGUCGGAGCUGGAGCGGCAGCUGGCGGAGCAGCCCGGCCACAGCCACGGCGCGGGCACUGACAGCCCGGGCGAGCCGCUGGCCAAGCGGAUGCGACUGUCUGACGUGGUAGAGCAGGCCGAGCAGCCGUCGGUGUCGCCGACGAAAUCGCCCCGGAGCGUCUAAGCGUCGAGGGAGCGUCGGGGCCUAGAUAGGCGCGUUCGUAAACAAGGCGCAGCCGCGUGCGUGCUGAGUUCUCAGUUCACCGAUCUUCCCCGGUCUCUUUGAUACCCUACGAGUUUUGUCAUUGGCUGGCUGUACAUCGGAUACCUAAUAUACUCUCACUCUCCAUCUUCCUCUUCUCCCUCCCUCCCUCUCUCCCUCCCUCUCGUGCCUCCUCCCUCCACCUCCGAUGAGACCAGCCCCUCGCAAACCAGAAAAGCAAAAGGACCUGUAAAGGGCUACUCGUGUUUAGUAAUUCGUGUUUAUUAUUCCCGUGAAUCUACUUGCUUUUGAUCUAGCCGGUUUCUUAAUUUGCAACCAUCAAUCAUCAAUCUACCUUUCAUCCGAUCCUAUCUUCAUCAUACAUGCAAGCGAUAAGGACAGAGCAGAAUAA